AAUUUUUUUUUUCAUUUUUUGCAUGAAGAUCGAGAAGGUGUAUAUUGAAGCUCCUAAUGGCGUUCGCUUAUCCCAGUGGAUCAAUGUAACAACGCAGGAUGGAUUGGUUGAGCUGGAGUUCCAAUUGACUUCAGAACCACAGCUAGGAACAUGGACAAUCUUCACCCUUAUUAAUGGCUUGAAGACCACUCAGGAAUUUGAUGUAGAUGAAUAUGUUCUUCCUAAAUUUGAAGUGAAUAUUAAAUCACCGUCUUACAUCCUGAUCAAUGCAACUGAGUUCAAAAUUCAAGUCUGUGGACGGUUAGUGUAUUUAUUAUUCAUAAAAAAAACCCAUUGAAAUAUUGAGAUGUUCUCAACA